AUGCGCUGGGAAACAGCAGCGGGGAGCUCCUCCUCCUCCAUCAGUCUUGCAUCGUUGCAUAGUAACAGUGGCGGCGUAUGUGGUGGGGGCGGGGGCAGAGACAAGAAUGACGACACGGACACUGUGCUACCGCUGAACUGUGCCGUGACGGCCGAUGCUGAGGCGUCGGUCAACGACGCCUACCUCUCCCGCACCUCACUGGAGUACAUUGUCUCCGUCGUCUUCAUUGUCAUUUGCGUCCUCUACUCUUUCAUCUACAGGAUCGCCUGUAUUGGCCGUGCGCAUCACGAAGAGCUGAAGGAGAACCUUAAGCCACCCUGGAUACUCUACCGCUGGCUCGGCAGCAAAGGUGUAGACGUGGCGGACCUGCAGUGCUACUACUUUAUGGUGGCGAUCCCCCCAUCCAUACCGUACAUGAUCGGCUUUCUGCUCCUCUCACGACGACUGCGACGCCAUACCGCAUCGAGGACGGUGGCAGCCGUAAAACAAUCCGCCACCGCUGCGGCGGGCGAUGGCAAGGAGUGCGGCGGUGCUAUAGCUAGCAUUCCCCACCCAGAGAGCGUGAUGGGCGACAGCAGUGCUGGUAGCAGCGGCGUCGGCCCUCCUCUCCUGAUCCGCAAAGACGUGUCGGUCCUCCAAUUCCUUCACAUUAUCGCUGGCAUGUUCAUCGCUCUGUGCCUCUGCGGGCCGGGGUUUCUCUUCGGGGUGGGGAUGAUGUUGCUCAACUUCUACCUGAUCGCGCCGCUUUACAAGCGAGCGUCCUUUCGGGUAUCCAUGACGGUGAUGUGGGUGAUGCACGUCCUAGUCCUCUUCUUAAACUACCACGCUGGCGGGUACCGGUUUGCCUGGUUCGGGCUCAGCUUCCUGGAUAAUCUGUGGACGCCGCUGAUCCAGUGGACCACCCAGUACAACAUGUCGGUGCUGCGCAUGAUCUCCUUUAACAGUGAUCUCUGGGAGUCAGCAAGCUGUGGCGAGGAGCGGCGGCAGAAGUCGCUGGCGAAGCACGCACACACAUGCAUUGUCUGUGCCCAGAUACGCGACCAGCACCUCCACGCCGUCGCCUCUCUCCCGCCGGAGGCCCUCUCGUGCUACAAGUGCCGCACAGAAUGCUCGCGGCACGUGGACGAGUUCACUCUCAGCGCUUACCUUGGCUACAUAUUCUACCUGCCUCUUUUCAUGGCGGGGCCGGUGUCGUCCUUCAACGCGUACGUGUCCUACCAGCAUUACCCGGCACGGAGCAUUGAGGGCAAGGCUAUCUGGCGGUACGGAUUUCGUCUAUUGUGCCACGCGGUCUUGCUGGUAACGUUGAUUCACUACGUGCCUAUCAUGGCCAUUCUCCUGACACCCGCUCCGUCAGCCGGUGGAGCGGCUGAGGCGGUCACCACGAGUAGCUCGCCAACCGGCUACGCACUUCAGAAUAUGGUCAACACAACGACCGCAACCGCAACAAGCACAGCAGCCGCUGUCACCCUCUCGGUGCUGGACCAGAUGAAUAUUUCGGAAAAGUUGUCCCUGUUUUUCCUGGCGCUGGCCUUCCUGUGGGCGAAGUUCGACGUCAUUUGGCGCUUCUUCCGGUUUUUUGCGCUGCUGGACGGCUACGACCCGCCGGAGAACAUGCCGCGCUGCUUCGCCAACAGUGUGAACAUCCAAAGUUUCUGGCGCGACUGGCACGCCUCCUUCAACCUGUGGAUCGUGCGGUACAUGUACAUCCCGAUGGGCGGCAGUCGCACCAAGUUUCUCUCCAUAUUUCCCAUCUUCUUCUUCAUUGCCGUUUGGCAUGACAUUGAGCUGCGCCUGAUCUUCUGGGCCGCAAUCAUGUGCAUUGCACUGAUCCCUGAGCUCGUCGUCACUCUCUUGUUCUCCUCCAAUAACCCGCUGGUGAUGCGAAUCAAGCGCUCGCCGCUCAUGUGGAGGCACCUGCGCAUACUCGGGACGCAGCUGGCGCUGAUAGAGUUGACUGUGGCGAACCUUGUCGGCUUCUCCGUCGGUACGACCGGCGCGGCGUGGGCCGCUCACCACAUGCUUCGCGAGAUGUCCUUCACGCUCACGAUCCUCUUUCUGUGCUUUUACCUGUGCGCGGCGACCAUCUCCAUCCAAGACAGUGACCAGAAAGCUUACGAGCAGCAGCUGCUGAGGCUAAAGUACGAUCUCCAGCAACGGGAAGUCGUGAGGCGCGUACGUGGCACGGCUUGCCUGGACGUCCCUCUCUUCCUCCCCCUCUCGCCAUCUCCUCAUCUCCAUACUCCGCCUCCGCGGCAAGUGUAA